AUGGAGGAGCAAGCACAUGAAAAUGUAUUUUUCAGGCAUGUUGAUCUCCUUAGAAUUCUUGGUGUUACGAUCCCUGCAAAAGGGACGUCGAGGGGAUUGUUAAUGAAAAUUUGGUACAUUUUUGUUAUUGCGGUUCUGUUCAUCAAUGCAGCGCUUCAAGGAAGAAGCAUGUUUCUACCAACGUCCCUGUCAAUGAAGUCUAUAACUCUAGUAUUUUUCUUGGUCAACCUUGCUUCCGCAUUGAAACUAUUACUUGUGCAGUUGAACGCUGAGAUGCUUGCCAAGCUGUUUCAGGAGCUAGACACCCCUGGUGCUUCGGAUUCGACCCCUAUGCUUAAAACAGUACACACCAUCAGCCGGACGUACGUCGUAUGCCUUUUUGCCCUUCUGAUGGCAUGGGUAGCUUAUCCAUGGAUGACCGGAGACCUGGAACUUCCAAUUCCAUACUGGUUUCCAUUUAAUCUCGACACUUUUUUCAAGUUUUCUUGCGCUUAUUCUUUCGCGAGCUUUGUGUUCUUCAUCAUUUGCUACACCCAGGACGCCGUAGACACAUUGCUUUUGCUCAUUGCUGGUCAAAUAUGUAGGAGGCUUGGUGCAAUCAGGGUAGCUCUCCUUUCAAUUGGAACGGAGGAGCCUCUUAGAAAAAGAGGCUGGAAAAGGCCCAAAGCAAUGGAGGAUUUCAUGGGGCUUAGCAUUUUAAGAAUGGCUGCUCUUAGCAGAGACGAAACUUUAUUGAAAGAAGUAAUAAGAGAACACGUAGAUAUUAUAAGGCUUGUCAGGACAUUCGAUAUCGUACUGGAUGACAUAUUUCUCGCGCAAGUGAUGCAGUCAACUUUGGUAUCUACGAUGACAUUUUUCGCCGUAUCUAAAGUUGAUGACCCGAUCAAAGAUAUGCCAAAAUUUAUGUUCAUACUCGGAGCGACGUACUUACAAUUUUUCAUGUACUGCUGGCUCGGAGAAGAAAUCUCGGAUCACAGCGACGAAUUGCACAGGACGCUCUACCUGAGCGAGUGGUACAAAUGCAGAGAAAAAAUCAUGAAAUCUCUUGUCAUUAUGGAAACUUUUACAAAAGCCCAUUUCAAACUAGAAGGAGGUCACUUGUUCAACAUAGAUUUAGCAACGUUUCUCAUGGUAAUUUUAAAUUUAUGA